CAAGGAGGGAGGCUAAUGGCGGAUGUUUUGAAACCAGAACAUGAUUUUCGAAAGUUUUGGUGAAUUUUACCUAUUUCAGUACAGUUCUUGGAGAACAUAUUUGUCAAAUAAUGAACUUAAUUGCUCAUCACAUAUGCAAACCGAGAAUAUCACUAUAGGAUAUCUUAAAUAUUUGCCAAAAUGAGAAGAAGUAUGGCCCCUAGUCAGAUGGGGAAGAGAAAGCUGACUGAUCCUGAAUGGACACCAAACUGCCAAAAAGCCAAGAAGCCAGUGGAUGAUGAAGUACCAUUAUCAAGUCAGUACAUGUCACCAUUUAGAAAGCCCUUGUCAGCUGUAAUCAAUAGACCUAGUACACCAGAUCAUGGAUCCCAUGAAGCAUUAAUCAAAAAGAUAUUGUCCAGGCCAUUUAAGGUUCCCAUACCCAAUUAUAAAGGACAGUUGGGUAGCAGAGCUUUAGGUCUAAGGAAACAAGGAGUAAGGAAGGCUCUGCAUGACCCAUUUGAAGAAGGUGCCUUAGUCCUGUAUACUCCCCCUGAGCUCAAGGCCCAUGACCAGUUGAAAGUUGACCUGGAAAAGCAGCCAGUACAUGUAGUUGUGGACCCAAUCUUGUCUCGUGUGCUAAGACCUCAUCAGCGAGAGGGGGUGAAGUUCAUGUACGAUUGUGUCACAGGCCUGCAGAUUGAGAAUAAUUUUGGCUGCAUCAUGGCUGAUGAAAUGGGGCUUGGUAAAACUUUACAAUGUAUUACUCUUUUAUGGACUUUACUGAAACAAAGUCCAGAGUGUAAACCUCUGAUAGAAAAAGCCAUUGUAGUGGCUCCUAGCAGUCUAGUCAAGAAUUGGUACAAUGAAAUAAGCAAGUGGUUAGGAAACAGAAUCUCAGUGCUGGCCAUUGACUCUGGAUCCAAGAGUGAAAUAGACAGAAAUUUAAGUAGCUUUAUGCAUCAGUCUGGCAGAAGAAUACCAAAUCCCAUUCUGAUCAUAUCAUAUGAAACAUUUCGCUUGCAUGCUAGUGUGUUACAUAAAGGCACAGUGGGGCUAGUCAUGUGCGAUGAGGGUCACAGACUGAAGAAUUCUGAGAACCAGACUUAUGCAGCUCUAACAGCAUUACAGACCAAACGUAGAAUACUGUUGUCUGGAACCCCUAUACAGAAUGAUCUGCUUGAGUACUUUAGUUUGAUACAUUUUGUCAACACAGGCAUCUUAGGUACAGCUAAUGAGUUCAAGAGAAAGUUUGAAGUUCCUAUAUUGAGGGGUAGAGAUGCAGGAGCCUCAGACAGUGAACACAAAAAGGGACAGGAGAAACUUUUGGAGUUAGCUGCAAUAGUAAACAAGUGUAUCAUCAGGAGAACCCAGGCUCUACUCACCAAGUAUCUACCUGUGAAAAUUGAACAGAUCGUGAACUGUAGAUUGACCCCCUUGCAAAGCACCCUCUAUAAACAGUAUGUGCAAUCUAAGGUGGCAGAGUUAGAAAUAAGGAGCAAUGGCAAAGUCACAGCAUCUUCUCUCUCUGCCAUUACACAACUGAAGAAACUGUGCAAUCAUCCAGAUCUGAUUUAUGAGAAGUGUGUUGAAGGCAGUGGUGGUUUUAAUGGGGGCUUAGACAUGUUCCCAACAAAGUAUGAUCCCAAGAAACUGCAACCUGAGCUUUCAGGUAAGUUCACAGUAUUAGACUUCAUCCUAGCCACUGUGAAGGCAACCACAGAUGACAAAGUUGUACUUGUGUCAAACUACACACAAACACUGGACUUAUUUGAAAAACUCUGCAGAUAUAGAGGGUACAUCUUUGUAAGGUUGGAUGGUUCAAUGUCAAUUAAGAAGAGAGCUAAAGUUGUAGAAAAGUUCAAUGAUCCCUGUUCCCCAGAGUUCAUUUUCAUGCUGAGUAGUAAGGCAGGUGGCUGUGGUUUGAAUCUGAUUGGUGCAAACAGACUUGUCAUGUUUGAUCCUGACUGGAACCCAGCCAAUGAUGAGCAAGCUAUGGCUAGAGUGUGGCGUGAUGGGCAGAAGAAGCAGUGCUACAUAUAUAGGCUUAUUGCUACUGGUACAAUAGAGGAAAAGAUUCUCCAGAGACAGGCUCACAAGAAGGCACUCAGUAGUUGUGUAGUGGACAAUGAAGAAGAUGUAGAGAGACACUUCACUCUGGGGGAUCUUAAAGAACUCUUCCAGCUACAUGAACAAACCAGCAGUGAUACACAUGAUAAGUUCAAAUGUCAGAGAUGUGUGAACAAUAUCCAAGUGCGGCCUCCGCCACCAGAUAGUGACUGUGCAAGUAAUCUAUCCCAUUGGAACCACAACACAGAUAAGAAAGGACUUGUGGAUGUGGUACUGAAAGGUGCAUGGGAAACAAAAGCUAUAUCAUUUGUGUUUCAUCACAGAUCUCACGAAAAGCAAAAACAAACAGCAUAAUCAUGUCUUCUUCAGCAAUUUUAAUGACAAGUGACCUUUUAUAGUGUGUGCAUUAAGCAGCUAUGGUGCUUACACAGGUGGUAUUGACCAGGCAGAUUUAAAGACAAGCUAUGUUACGACCAAGGUCCAAAUUACCCAGGACCAUUUAAUACAUGUAAAGGGAUGUUAUGACCAUAUUGUGGGGUAGAGGAAUAUGUGCAUGUUUCAAAGACCUCUUGUAACCAUUGAACAUUUCUGAACAAAGCGUGUAUUUAUCCUUCACUCCUCAAGUAGAGAAAAAUGACUUAUUCAAUUUUUUUUAUUUUUGAAAGUCUGCAAACACUGCAAAUAUUAAUGAUUCAAGGUGUGUAAUAGUGACUUAUAUGUAGCCACAUUUACUUUGGGC